AUGGGCAAGCAGCUCGGUCGCCUGCGGGCGGUCUUCCUGGUCUCCGUCUGCUGCGUCGGGUCGUUCCUCUUCGCGUACGACACCGGCAUCAUCGGCGGAAUCCUGACUCUGGACUCGUUCAUGGACUCGUUCCGAUACGGCGAGGAUACAAGGGCUGACAUUAAUUCAAACUCCAACAGUCUUUUGCAGGCGGGGGCCUUCUUCUCGUGCUUCUUCGUCUGGCCGUUUACCAAGCGAUUCGGUCGCCGAUGGUCUAUUGCCCUAGCUUCGUUGAUUUUUUGUGUUGGCGGUAUUAUCCAGGUUGCUCCGACUCACUCGAUUGGGGCCUUCUAUGCUGCGCGUGUGAUUAGUGGCAUCGGUGUCGGAAUGGCCACGGUGAUGGUGCCCAUGUACAGCGCCGAAAUGAGCCCCAAAGAAAUCCGCGGCCAGCUAGGCAGUCUGUUCCAGUUCUUCUUCACCCUCGGCGUCAUGACCUCGUACUGGAUCGACUACGCCGUCGAGAAACACGUCGAGCCGUCCGACCGGCAGUGGCAGAUCCCCAUCGGGCUGCAGCUGGUCCCCGCCGGCAUCCUGGGCGUCGGCAUGCUGUUCCUGAAGGAGAGCGUGCGCUGGCUCGCGAGCAAGGGGCGGCACGACGAGGCGCUGCAGUCGCUGAUCUGGGUCAGGGGGGGAGAAGACACCGAGGAGGUUCGCGCUGAGAUGGCGGAGAUUCUGGAUGGAAUCAGUGCUGAAGUCGCAGCGACGGAGGGCGUUACGUGGAAGGAGUUGGGUCUUUCUGCGAAUCGGUAUAGGCUGUUUAUUGCCAUUACUAUUCAGAUCUGCGCCCAAUGCACCGGAAAUACAUCACUUGCAUACUACGCCCCCCAAAUCUUCGGCGCCGUAGGCAUCGGCGCAAACGACAAACUCUUCAUCACGGGCUUCUUCGGCGUCGUCAAGGUCGUCGCAUGCGGCAUCUUCGUGCUCUUCCUGGUCGAGCGCAUCGGCCGAAAGUGGUCUUUGGCGAUCGGCGCAUUCCUCAUGGGCGCCCUCAUGCUCAUCGUCGCGAUGCUCGCCAAAUCAUUCCCGGUGGACCCCGAUUCAACGGAAACAGCAACAGGUAUCUCCCCGCAAACUGCGGCCUCUAUCGCGAUGAUUUAUCUUGAGGCGGCGUCGUAUAACAUGUCUUGGGGCCCCGUCCCAUGGCUAUACAUGAGCGAGAUCUUCCCAACGCGGAUCCGCGAAAUCGGCAUCGCAGUUGGAACCGCCACGCAGUGGCUGUUCAACUUUGUGUUCUCGCAGGCGACGCCGCACGCGGUGGACAAUAUGGGCUGGAAGACCUUCUUGAUGUUCUGUAUCUUCAACUGGGCGAUUGUCGUCUACGUGUUUCUGUUCAUCAAGGAGACCACGGGCAAAUCGUUGGAGGAGAUGGAGGAUGUGUUUAAUUCGAACUUGGUGCACUUUAGGAAGGAUGAGGAGCAUGUUCAUGUUGAUGCGGAUGCGGAUGCUGCGGUGGUGGAGAGACCGCGUAAGGUAUAG